GCGCCCGGCAGGAAAGGGCGUGCCUGCGCUGCCGCCCACGCUCGCUCCAGCCGUCCGACUCUGGGCCGGGACCGCGCGUGACCGGCGCCGCGAGCGAGAGGCACGAGCGCGCGCCCGGGCCAGUGAAGGGCUCGGGGAUGGACUGCGGCUUGGUCGGCGGCCAAAGGACCCAGCGCCUGCCCGGCCAUCGGAGGCUUCUGUUCUUGCCCGCGGGCCUCAGCGGAAGACCCGGAGGCAGCGGAACCUCAGCACGCCGCUGCUUCUCUGCGCUCUCCGACGGUCUGGGGGCGCUGCGCCCUCGCGCCCCGGCGACCCGCGGCUGCGUGUCACGUGCCUCGCCGCUGCUCCUCCUCCUGCUAGUGCCCUCCCCGCGCUUGGCCGCCGCAGCCCCGCGCCGGCAGCUAGGGGACUGGGAGCGGUCCCGCCUCGGGUAUGCCGCACCCCCGGCCGGGCGCAGCGGCGCGUGGAGGUGCCCACCGGGCCUCGGUCUGGGCGUCGCCGCUGCCGCCGGCGCCCUUCCCCAGUGCAAAGGCCCGGCGCCUGCACUCGUUUCCUGCAGGAGAGAGCUAAGCCUGUCUGCUGGACACCUGCAGCUGGAGCGCAGAAGGAGAGAUUUCACCUCUUCUGGGAGUAGGAGGCUCUACUUUGACACUCAUGCCUUAGUGUGCUUACUGGAAGACAAUGGGUUUGCUACUCAACAAGCAGAAAUCAUUGUGUCUGCGCUGGUCAAGAUCCUGGAAGCCAACAUGGACGUCGUCUACAAAGAUAUGGUCACCAAGAUGCAGCAGGAAAUCACUUUUCAGCAAAUAAUGUCUCAGAUUGCGAAUGUGAAAAAGGAUAUGAUUAUUUUGGAGAAGAGUGAAUUUUCAGCCCUCAGAGCAGAAAAUGAGAAAAUAAAACUCGAACUACAUCAGUUAAAACAACAAGUAAUGGAUGAAAUGAUCAAAGUCCGAACAGAUACCAAAUUAGACUUCAACCUAGAGAAGAGCAGAGUAAAAGAAUUGUAUUCAUUGAACGAAAAGAAGCUGCUGGAAUUGCGAACAGAAAUAGUGGCAUUGCAUGCCCAGCAAGAUCGGGCCCUUACCCAGACAGAUAGGAAGAUUGAAACUGAGGUUGCUGGCCUCAAAACCAUGCUUGAGUCACACAAGCUUGAUAAUAUUAAAUAUUUAGCAGGGUCUAUAUUUACAUGCCUAACAGUAGCUCUGGGAUUUUAUCGCCUGUGGAUCUAAUAAAGUGUCUAUUUAAAGAGAUUUCUACUGUUUUGCCUUAAGAAUACCAGAUUGUUGGCCAGGCACGAUGGCUUACGCCUGUAAUCCCAGCACUUUGGGAGGCCGAGGCGAGUGGAUCACCUGAGGUCAGGAGUUCAAGACCAGCCUGGCCAACAUGGUGAAACCCGUCUCUACUAAAAAUACAAAAAUUAGCUGGGUGUGGUGGCACGCCCCUGUAAUCCCAGCUACUUGGGAGGCUAAGGCAGGAGAAUCACUUGAGCCCAGGAGGCAGAGGCUACAGUGAAUUAUGGACACUUAACCAAGAUAAAGAAGUCAGGUAUUCCAUAGCUAUUCCUUAUCUCCUUUCCGCUUAGUUGACUUUCUAACUGAGCAGCACACAGUGCAUGGAAGACUCCACUCAGCCAGACCAGGGAGCUUGGUGUUGCCUGUGGUUCACACCAACAGCAAACAUUGGUGUCAUUCUCUACAACUUAAAUCUUUGGCAUAUAGAGGAUUUGAGGGUCUCCAUGUUCAGGGUACAGUGGCUUUAAUAAGUGCUGGAAAAUCACUGAAGCUAAACCCAGUCUCUAACAUGAGGUAGUCCCUGUACCAGAGUAUUGUUUCAGCUGUAGGUGGUUGUUAUGUUAAUAAGACAGCUGUACCUCUACCUUCUUUUCUUUUAAUUUCCAUUGUCUUGGUAAGUUAUUGUUAGGGUUAUUUUUAAUGUGCCUUCCAGCCAGAAAAAUCAGCUGUCUAAUGAAGCAUUGCAAUUGUAAUGGGGACUCUUUUACCUCUUAUAAUGCAAGAUUUUCCCUCCUCCCUCCCUCUUCUCCACCUCUUUCCUUCAUGGUCUGCGAACUGUAAUAAUACUGCACUGGUGUUACUACCUCCCUAGAAAACCGGCUGAUUCUUAGCACGGAACUCUGCUUCAGUUUGUAGGACAGAGUCUGCUUCCUUCUGGUCUUCAUUUACUUUUUAUACAAGGGAUGCACUCAGCUCUCCAUGUGUAAGAUACCUAGAUGAUGGAUACAUAUUUCAUAAAUGAAAUUUAUGUCAUUAAUGAAUAUUCCCUUACCCACAACCAGCUCAGGCUUUCAAAAUUUGAGAAUGGUCAUGCCACACAGCAUCCUAAUCUAGAUUGACUAAUUCUGUUGUUAAAAACAUUCUCACACCUACCUUACCUUUAUAUUGAAAACAAAUUCUAGAUACAACUGGGGUUAUUCUGGAAAAGCACAUUCUCUUUUUUUUUUUUUUUUUUUUUUUGAGAUGGAGUCUUGCACUGUCGCAGGGCUGGAGUGCAUUGUUGUGAUCUCUGCUCACUGCAACCUCCGCUUCCCGGGUUCAAGCGAUUCUCCUGCCUCAGCCUUCUGAGUAGCUGGGAUUACAGGUGCCCACCACGCCUGGCUAAUUUUUGUAUUUUUAGUAGAGAUGAGGUUUCACCAUGUUGGUCAGGCUGGUCUCUAACUCCUGACCUUGUGAUUCGCCCGCCUUGGCCUCCCAAAGUGCUGGGAUCACAGGCAUGAGCCACUGCGCCUGGCCCGUUCUCAUUCAAAUUACUGGCACAUGGGCAAGAAUAAGCAUUUUGGAGACAAUGACAUUGAUAGAACCUUUUCUGCCUUUCUCUGCAUACACACAUAUGCACACAGGUACAGUGGAGGAGCCACAGGCAGAUUUUUUGAUCAGUUUGGUGAAGACAUUACCCGUUGUCACUGUUCCAAUCACAUUGGUAAAAAAGUAGUUACCUUUUGUCCUUUGGAUGUCAUGUCUAAACUUUGGAAAAUAUAAAUCAUUGCCCUUUUAGAGAAUGUUUGUGUAGUCCAAAGAUUCUGAGCUCCAUAUGAUAUGAAAAUCAAGUACUUUUGCAAGAGCAGUAGCAGUUUCAAAGUGAAAUAUUAUAAUUUAGUCUUUUCCAAGUAGAUCAAAAAUUCUUAACUGAUCAAUAAAAUAUGUUAUCAAUAUAUUAUCCCCCUUUCAGAGAAAAGCCCCCAGAAGAGACUGCACGCUUAGCAAUUGCCCUCAUUAUCCAAGGCCUAGGUGAGUGGCAUAAAGGGCCAUAUGCAAUUGUGUAUCAAGGUAAACGUUACCUAACCUUGUGUAGGUUAAAAACUGAAGUGUCCUUGUCUCCUGAUAAAACAUUUUUAAAAUAACAUAUGGUGGGGUGACAGUUUUGCGUCUGCUAAAAGUUUUCUCACAUGUCAUUCUUCCUCAUGAUAGCGGGCAGUAUCAUUCUGGCACUUAAUUUGGGUGUUCGAUUUUCCUGUAGAGUUCUCUGCAGUACAGCAUAGCCUCUUUUUGGCCUUGGGAACAGUGAACUCUUCUUUUGAUGGUGUGGAUUGCAUGCAUAUCUGGAGUGAGGAGGGUUCAGGACUGUUUUCACUUUAUUUGGUCAAAUGUAUUCUAUUUGAAAACCAUUUGAGCCCAAAAUACAAGUGUACCCUUCCCACUUCUGGCUCAAGCAUCUGUGAGCCGACUGGACGUAAUAUUAACACUUCCUGAGCCUGGGCGCGGUGGCUCAUGCUUAUAAUCCCAGCACUUUGCGAGGCCAAGGGAGGCAGAUCACCUGAGGACAGGAGUUGGAGACCAGCCUGGCCAACAUGAUGAAACCCUCUCUCUACUAAAAAUACAAAAAUUAGCCAGGCGUGGUGGCACACACCUGUAAUCCCAGGUACUUGGGAGGCUGAGGCAGGAGAAUCGUGUGAACCCAGGAGGCAGAGGUUGCAGUGAGCCGAGAUUGCACCACUGCAACGCUCACUGCAACGAGACUUGCACGCAGAUGAGAUCUGCCUGGGCGACAGAGUAAGACUCUGUCUCAAAAUAAAUAAGUAAAUAGAACCUCCUGAGCUACCCUGCCUUAUAAGGAUUCAGAUUACUUUAGGAAAUUAAGCAUUAGCACUAGGAAGAGGGAAGAUGGCUGGCAAAACUUCUAGCUAGCAACCUAUGUCUAGCACAGUGGGAACUAAUCAUAGCGAGAUCCUGAACACAUAUCCUUCUAGGUGCAGGUGGAGGGAACGACGUCCAAUGCCUGAAGCAGCACCUCAUGUGGACAGAAUGUCUGUAUUUCCCUCUCCUGCACGAAUCACUCGUCAUUCUUAGAGGGCUCCUCUGCAUUCCCCCUUUUCUUCUCUCCCCUCCCCUGCCUUUUAUCUUUUCUAAAGAGUCUGAACUCCGAUUUCCAUGCUCUCCUGCUGCAUUAAUAAGCAAAAUCUGCUUGUGGAUACGGUUCUUUACUGGAAACACAACUUUUUGUUUCUGUAUUGGUUUUACUGUCAUCCAGUUUUCUAGCUUAAUAUCUAGCAAAACUAAAUCUGAAUGUACUCACUUUUUCCGUUAAGUAUGCCAAGCAGCUCAGUUGAAAGGCUUGACUCAAACCAGAAGUCUUGCUGGAAUUCGUCUCUGAACACUUGAAAAACAGAAAGCCUGAGCCACAGCAAACAUGCCUCUGUGUGCCGGGAUAGCCUUUGUCUCUGCUUCCAUGUGGCUUUUCCCUUUGUAGCUAUGCUUAGUGACAUAAUCUUCCCUCUUCUUUUCUAGCCUCCUCCUUUCAAGCCUGUCUGUUAAUUAACCAUGUCAGUAUUGGCAAGCAAUUAUCUUCCCCCACCCUAACAUGUGAUCUUCUAAGAAUUUUGCAAAAUUCUAAACAAAUAUAGAGAUGUUAUAAUAGAAUUCAUGUCUAGAAAACUUUAAGUUAAUCAAAUUGGUUGUGGCUUUUUUGGCACUAAGGCAAAAACAUGUUAACCUGAAAUAAUUUAUUCUUCAUAUAUGUAAAACAUUUGAGAAUGUUUAGCCUUUUAUUAGAAUUUUAUUUGGAAAAUAUUUAUCUUUCUACACAUUUUACACUUACAUUCCUUCGCUUAUAACCCAAACAGUUUCUUAACUGUUUUGUUACUUAAGCAGAUAUUCAAUUAUGUUUUAUUAUCUAAUAAAGUGUAAGAUUCUUAUUAUCUAAAAUA